GAGGGGUAGGCCAGACGUCUUGCUCCUUUCAAAUGGCGGAAUUUUAACGAGGUAGCACAGGAAACCCUACCUUUGUGCUGGCUAUUGAGGGUUGAGUUCAUGAUGAAGAGAGCUGAACCAUUUGGUCAAGUGGAAACGAUAUCAUCUGAUGAUUCCUCAGACUCAGAUUCUGGAGAUGAUAAAUACCAAAAGACAAGUGGUAAUGGAGCAAUUGAUAAGCCUGCGAAACUUGGUACCGCUGAAAGUGAUGCGUUGAUGAGAAGAGCAAAGAUGUAUGAAGAAUACAUGAGGGACAUCCCCAUUCCAUCUCAUCGCAAGGCCGUCAUCCCAUUUAAUUCAUGGCAAGGCUUAGCCAAGUCCAUGAAGCAAUUAUAUGGGCAACCUUUGCAUUAUCUUACCAAUGUUCUCUUGAAAGAGUGGGACCAUUCGAACGAUGGGGUCAACCAUGAUGGGCGUUUGUUGGAUGAGAUUUUCCAUCCUGUGAGAGCAGAAGCCAUUGUUUGGGCUGUCGAGGAAAUCCAUAGGCUCACCUCUUCUCAUCACCAUCUUGCCAAGCUAUGGGCUGAAGUACCCCUGCAUCAAGCAUAUGUUGAUGCCAUCCAUCCCCAAACAUGGAAUUGAUUGGCCUCCAAUACCCCUCUCUCUCUCUCUCUCUCUCUCUCUCUCUCUCUCUCUCCUCUGUUCUUUAAGGCUACAUCCCAAAAUCCAGUAGUUGCCAUAUGAUAUAUAAAGUUUUGUUUUUACCAAGGAUUCAGGCUUGGGCUUGAUUUGUUAGGGUGUUGACCAUUUGAACACUGUUCCAAGUUCAAAUCCUGCUGUUGAACUACCCAAAUAAAAGUUUGUCACAGCUAAUUGCCAAUUGAAAGAUGAUUAGUUCUAUGAAUUGCUUGUGAUA